AUGAAGUGGUUGGUUCUUUUCACCAUCUUGGGUUUGGUCCUGGCUGCUCAGGCCGGCAGGAAGUGGCGCAUUGCUCGCCAUGUGGCCAAGAAGGUCGCCAUCCACGUUAUCAAGAACGAGCUUAGGCACUGGGCGGGCGAUGUCGUCAACUACAAGAAUGGUUCUCCCGUCUACCAACUGCCCGCUUUUGGUGAUGACUCCUACGACUCCGACGAGGACAGUGAGCUGAAGGAACUGAACGUAAACCAAAUCUCCAUUGAUGGAGCCAUUGUGUCUGGCUCCGUCAAGGCCAUCUCCUCCGCUGACUCUGACACCCUCCUGGUUGCUCCCGCUGCUGCCUAUGCCCAGAUCAACCAGCUCAUUGGCGCCGUCUUCGUCGAUGGCCAGUACUACGUCCAGUGCUCCUCCGUGAAGUCCCUGCCCGUGAUCACCUUCAACAUCGGAGGCACCAACUACGAGGUUCCCUCCUCCGUGUACAUUGAGACCACCACCGAGGGCAAGGUCACCAGCUGCACUUCCAUGUUCACCUACAUUGGCACCGAUUUCUGGAUCUUGGGCGGUGAUGUCUUCCAGGCUUAG